UGUAAGGUCCUCGUGAAACCGUAGAGCGUUGACAACGGAACCUGAAGCGUGCGAAUUCCGACGUACCGUUGUCGCUGGCACUCGGACUCUCAGGUAGGCAGAUUAGUAAAUUAUAAUCGGCAGCGCGAUCGACUGACAGCGCGGCAUGCGCGCCUAUUAUGAGAUCAUAGCGGGUCUGGAUGCACAGGUGGGUACGAGGGGGAAGCCAAAGAAACCGACUACGACGGCGACCACGAGUCGAGAAUACGUCACGAGUUAGCGGGCUUCCCGCCGUCGAUUUGGCGCCGUCGGAAUGACAGCUACACAGGAUUGAAUUGCUCUGAGGUGAACGAGUCGCGUCUCUUGAAGUCAAAAUGGCACGCUUGGACCGAUUGACAAAGCGGAAUGUUUGCUCUUUCCGCGAGGUGAGACGAAAGACGCGUGAAUGCUGAUAAAGAGAAAUUGCUAUGACUUGCGUUAUGGUGGAAGCGACGACGUAUCGAGGCGAAGAUGAAAAAAGAUGUGCGACGUGGUGCUAAUAAACGAGAAAUGGUGAUUCCGUUUCGUUAGAGUGCAUACUAGAGAGAAAGGAACCUAUAAUAUACCGAAGAAAAGGGCACGGAGAAAAGAAAUGGGAGACGUGUGAAUGUUGAUAGAAAAGAAUUGGUGUAAUACGUGCUUUACUGAGAUCUACGCUAUGCCGAAGCGAAGGACACCUAUUCGUGAAGAAAGCCGGAGAGAGACGGGAGACUCGUGACUACUGAUAGAGGGGAAUCGGUGUUACUCGUGGCACCGCGUCGGGGAUUAGUAUACGAGAGACUGGUAUGUCGAUUGUAAGCUUAAGUUGAACGCGAAGGCCACGAUUGUGAGGAGAGCGACGCUGACGCGUGUACGAGUUGUGCGAUAACGUAGCACGGUAGUGGUCUCGAAAGUGAAUAGUACUCGAAAUAAGUGAUAAACGUGUUCACUGAGUGCAUUUGAACCCAACGUACCAUGAAUACUUCAAAAUCGUAAUAGUUUCAUCUGAUUUGUACGAUUGAACUUUGAAAUAACGUGAUUUUUUUCUGAUAUGCUUCGCGAAAGGUGAAAGACUACUUAUUGAUACAAUUUAAAAAAAAAAUGAAAACACAACGCUGAUUUGCGUUUAAACGAUUAGUGUUUAAUUUUUUUUAAAUCUUUAACUAAUCGUCGGAUAAAGUUACUUGAGAGAUAAUUGCUUUUCCGUCUCUUCCGGAAUCGCAAAAAUGUCUGCAAUGCUGAUAGAAAGCUGAAGUUAGCUAACUUAUGCUGAAGAAAUCGACUAUAACUGUGUCAUGACGUGGUUCUCGCUGGAUUGCUUCCGAUGAGGAUUGCGGGAAACCGAAGAAUUCUUCGUGAGAAUCUUGCGUUGCGUCGCAACACGCAACAAUAAGAAGACGCCGCUGGCAGGUGUAUUCGGACGAGAAGCACGCGAAAGAAGACGAAAACGAGAAGAAGCCGAAGAGGAGGCAAAAGAGGUGAAGAAAAAGGCAGAAAUCGGCCGUCGUGAGAGUAGGGCCCCCUACGGCGAUAAGGCGAGGCCCAGGGGAAUUGUGGAGGGAACGACGUAUGUAUCACGCGGGGCCGGUCGCGCGGACCGGGCCCGCCGUUGCCGCUCGUGAGAGACCGCGCGCUGACCCAGAUUUCGGCGGAUCGAACCGGCACGAGGAGGCCGCGGCGGACUUUCUGAAAUGGGACACGGCGCAGCCUGGAGCUAAAUUAGCCGCGAUGUCCAAUAAGAGUAAGUCUCAGCCGCAGCAGCAUCAGCAGCAGCCGCAGCAGCACCAGCAGCAGCCGCCGCCGCAACAGCAUCAUCCUCCGCACGUGAUCAAGCCAGUGGACCAGCUGCCGCCGCGCUACCAGCCCCCGCCGCAGCCCACCGGCGGCAUCUUAAAGAACCAUUUACAUUUCGCCAGCACAGCUACGUCGGCGCCAAGUUCGGGUCAGACUGGCAACAGUCAAGGUCCGGUUGUGACCUUGAACCAUCAUCAACCGCGCACGUUGCCGCCACCACCGCCGUCCUCGCAGCAUCUUCAGCAACAACAGCAGCAGCAACAAUCGGCGCAGCAGCAGCAAUCGCAACAACAACCGCCGAAGGAUGCGCAGAGCAAAUAUUCGCCGAGGAUAGAGCACCAUCAUCAUCAUUCGCAGCCGCCUAGCACGCUGAUCGCUGCCGCGUCGGCGGCGGCGUCGAAGAAUCAGCAACAACAGCAGCCGUCAACCUACCUCCAACAGCCUAAGCUCGGUCAAGGUCCAUAUUUGCCACCCAGCAGCCAGUACCCGGCGGUGAACAGUGGACAGAACGCGCUGGUCAGGCAGCGGAUCAGCGACGACGAAUUUCUGCGACUCGGUCCCGUGGAGAUGCUCAAGUUUGUGCGGAAGACCGAGAGUGACAUUGCCAGGCUCGCCGCCGAGCAGCAUCGCCAGAUACAGGGCUUGCUGAAUGAGCUGCGAGCGCUGAAGGAAGCCAACCAAAAACUAAACGACGAUAACCAGGAGCUGCGUGAUCUCUGCUGCUUCUUAGACGACGAUCGACAAAAGGGUCGGAAACUGGCGAGAGAGUGGCAGAGGUUUGGCCGAUACACAGUGAGUGUCAUGCGCCAGGAGGUCUCGGCUUAUCAGAACAAGUUGCGCCAGUUGGACAACAAGCAGCAGGAAUUAAUUAAGGAUAAUCUGGAACUCAAGGAGCUGUGCCUGUACCUCGAUGAGGAACGCGGCGGUGGUCAAAGGGAUGACGGUGAUGGAUCGAGUUCGAGUACGAAUGCCGAGGAAACUGCGUUACCGAGGCCGAGGCACGCUUCCACAUUCAAUGACCAAACGAUGCAGUACGUGAGGAGUUUAGAACAACGAGUGAAACAGUUGGAGGAAGACAAGAGUGUCCUCCAAGCCCGUGCUCAAGGCUGGGAGGUACCACCGGGUGAAGUUUGGGACAGUCCUGUGAGCCCGAAUGACAAUACUAACUUAGGAAGCCGACCGGAAGCGGUAGUGCGCGCUCUUCAGGUUCUCGAGGUCAGAGAGCAACUGGAAAGAGAGGAAGGUCACGAUGGAGAGAAGGCAUUGGUUAGAGAAAUGUGCAAUGUUGUCUGGCGGAAAUUGGAGGAAGGUCCGCAAGCGAGGCAUUAACGAUAAUGCUGUCUGUUUGUCGGUUUUUAAUAUUACUAAUAAUUACAAGACUAACUCUGUUAUGUCCGAGGCGUAAUGAUAGUAUUAUAUAGCAGGUAAUGUAAAUUAAAUUUUAUAUUUUAUUUUUAAUCUACUAUGUAGAUUUUUUAUACAUGUACAAUUAUCUUGAUAUGAGAAUAUCUAUAGUAUCUAUUUAUACAAAUGUAGCGUUGUUAGUUUUUCUAGAUUGAUUGUUAACAAAGUAUUUUUAUUAUACAACAUCUACAAUUUACUCUGUCCUAUCCUCUUUCCUAAUUCCCAUUUCCGGGAAA